AUGCGCAGUGCAGGGCGGACACAGAGAGCGGCAACCCCGGGGCAGGGAAAGAUGGCGGACUGUAGCGGCAAACUGAAGGGUCUCCGGGAACAAAUCGUUGCUGUAGCACAAGCACUUGCAGAUGAACGAAGAAGCCAAAGUGGAUCCAGCCCGGUUACUGUUCCUUCCGCGGCUAGCACAAAGACAACUAAACCUGUAAUUGAUGGCUCAGCCUUAAGGACUGAUGAGAGACAGAGAUUAGCCCGUGAACGCAGGGAGGAGCGUGAAAGACAAAAUGCUGCUAAAGAAUCUCAGCUAAUCGAGAAAGAAAAAAAAUCAAAACUCCAGUAUGAGAAACAAAUGGAGGAAAAGCAACGAAAGCUGGAAGAGCAAAAACAGAAAGAUGAACAGAAGAGGGCAGCUGCGGAAGAAAAGAGAAAACAAAAACUGAUGGAAGAAAAGGAACGCAGAGAAGCAAAUGUACGACGUACCCAGGAGAGAAGUAGCCAGUUGGACAAUCGGCAAAAGAGGUGGUCCUGGGGUGGAUCGGUAGAUGGAGACAAACCAGGUACACCUUGUGCUACAGAACCACAGCCUGAAGAGAAAAGUGGAUCUGGCGUCAGCAAACUUUCUUCUUCAGCAACCAAUCUGAAGAAUACAGAUACUGCCAUUCACAAACGUUUUUCAUCCUCCUCUGCAACCCUUCAGAGCUCUUCUGAAAAAGGUGUCAAACAGAGAAGUUCAUCACUAAGCAGACUGAGUAACAAAAAUCCUUCCAAUUCUCAAACCUUCUCGUCUAGGGUUUCCAGCUUGGAAAAGAAAGGUUCAGCAGACCAGAAGCGAAGCUCAUCGCUGAAUAGACUGAAUAAUAAACCUGCACAUCUAGAGGGUGUGAAAAAGGAAGACAAAGCAGAAACAUUUGAGUGGACAUAUGCUCAUCGCCCCCAGGGCAGUCCUUUGGACAGUAAUAUAAUCAGUCGCCUCCUCGCCCCCACUCAGUCCUCCAUAGCUAGGAGUAAGAGUGCAGCCACAUUAUCAGCUGAUGGAAAGGAUUCUCCAGAAUCUCACCUCUGUCCUCGUUCAGCUUCAGCCACUACCAUCAGUACCCCACCCUCCGUCUCUAAAGGCCCCAUGCGUAGCCGUAGCAUUGAUAGAAUGAAAUCACCUCAGAGCUCAUCUUCUGGAGUUGGCUCCACCGAACCUGUCCAGAAAGAUGCUGAAAAAUCACCUGCUUCUCUUGAAAAACGCCCUCCAUCUCCUACAACAGGUUCACGUAGGAGAUCUCCAUCCCCUGUCCUUACUCCAAAACGGGCCCCAUCACCAACACUUGAAAGUAAAAAAAUACAAAAAAAUCGGCCUCAAUCACCAAGUGUGCUAAAACAGAGACCUCCUUCACCUACUGUGACCCACAAACCUGUUCCCAUCCAACGUCCGUCUCUUACACCAAGUGUCUUAAGUGCUACCAAAAAGAAUACUGAGCCAGAAGCUAAACCAAAGGAAAAAGUGCACGAAGGGACUGGCUUGGAACCCAAACCUUUACAAACCUCAGAGAAGGAGACAUCUGUGACUUCUACAAAGACCAAAGAUGAACCCAUUAGUAAAAAUAUUUCAGGGAGCACAACUGCCGAAGAAGCUGCCAAAAUCUUGGCUGAGAAGCGUCGGCUUGCACGAGAGCAAAGAGAGCGUGAGGAGCAGGAACGGAUACAAAGGCAGCAAGAAGAAAAGAUCAAACAAGAGGAGAUGGCUCGCAAAGCAGAAGAAGACAGAAUAAAGCAGAAAGUAGAAGCAGAGCUUUUAAAAGAACAGCAAAAACUGCAAAGGGAAGAAGAUGAGCGAAAAGAAGAAGAAGAAAGGGUCCGUAAAGAGCAAGAAGAACAGGAGCGUCUUGCUGAGCUUCAGCUCCAAAGGGAAGAAGCAGAAGCAAAAGCCCUUGAAGAAGCUGAAAAGCAAAGACAAGAGCGUGAGAAAAUUAUGCAGCAGAAUAUGCAAGAAAGACUUGAAAGGAAGAAGAGAAUUGAAGAAAUCAUGAAAAGAACCAGAAAGACCGACCAAAUGGAUUCAAAACAUGUUGAUAGAUCUGACCUGGGCACAGAAGAAGAUGAUGAAGAAAUGAACAGUCUUGAAGAUAACCAACAUGAAGAUCUGAAUGGACUGGAUUCCGGGGAGGAUCCUGAUGAUCAAGAAUGUACAAGGUCUUUAACUCCUCUGGGUCCUUUAUUACCAGAUGAUUCAGUGCAGAAGGAAAAUGAAUUAUUUAUUAUUGGUUAUAGCCCAGCCACUGAUCAGAAGCUUAAUGGGCAAUCUUCAGAAACAAAAACACCAGAAGAACCAUGCCUUGUGACUAAUGGAACAAGCCAAGAUUGCAUGACGCUUAAUGAGGACCAUGAAACUACGGAGCUGGUGCAGAGUAUAAAUGGAAAAUCCAGCAUGUGGACAUUUGAGGAAAUUAUUGAUCUGGGAAUCCAUUCCAAAACAACAAGUUUGUCCUCCGAUUCCAUUUCCACAGACACGUGUAAUCAGGCCCUUAUAGAAGCUUCUACCCCAAAGUUGGCCUUUGAAGAUGGGCAAGUCAAUUCUUUGUCCACGGUCAUUGACUCUGCUGCAGAAAUGUGAUUUUUCAGCACUGAAAAUCCUGAUUGCACUUCGCUCUACAGUAUUUAAUGAAACGCUGAAGCCUUGUUGUGAAAAGCUGCUAUUUCAACAUGUUACUUAACAAACUAUAUAUAUGUUUGUGUAAUUCACCAUCCAGGAGAAGGAAUCAAGAUCACACUUUUGUCAUUUCUUCAGGGAGAGCAUGAUGGUGGGAUAACAUUUUGCUUUGGAGCAGCAAGCAGUUUUGCAAGGUCUCAAUGUUUUUAGAAUAUGUUGUCUUUGUUAUUGUUUAUGGAGCAAUUUUCUUAACCUAUUAGUUAAGUGUACUCUGGUAUGCCAUAGGACUAUAAUUAAUAUGAUUAACUGUUGAGUGCAAAGAGGACUAGCAAAAGCAUUUUAAGAGUUUUUACAAAACGAGUUACGGGCUAUUGUAAUACAAGUCUUUGUUCCUUUCUGGUUAUGAAGCUUCACGAUAAUACAUAACAAUGACAGGCAGAAUUUAGUUUCUUGGGGAGAAGGGAAUAGAAUAAUGCUUAGAAACGGUCUUCAAAAGCAAAAAACAUGCUUACAGUAAAAGUUCACUGUGACUAAUAGUACGUGGAGAAAAACGUUCAUUACAAGUAUGUGUUUAUCACAAUGUUUGCUUUAGUAUUGAUUUUUUUUAUUUUAUUAUAAAAAAUAUUUUUUUGUUACGUGUAUUUAAGUUGCAUAUGUAAGUAUUAUUUUAUGGUGUAUAUAAAAAAAAUAAGCAGUAUUAGACGUUAACUUUUUUUUUCUAUAUUGUAAGCAGUUUUAUAAUUACUUAAGUUACCCACUUACUUUACAUUCUAUCCUGCUAAAUCGAACAGUCUUCUACGUCCUCUCGUGUGCAAAGGAUUACUUUCCUUAAAAAAAAAAAAAAAAAACUACAACAAUUCAGCAACCUAAUUAACUUAUUCAUUUCUGAUUUUGUUGACGAAACGUAGACCUAAAAUGUUUGUGUCCACGCAGAUUUGUUUAGAAAGUUUUGUUAAAUUAUUUGCAGUGUUGUCACAUACUAAAUGAUAACAGACAGAAAAACGUUUUCAUGGAAAAAGGGAGAAUGAAUAUUAUCCAAACUUAGUGUAUUUCAUAUGAUGGAACGUGUAUUUCAUCAUAGAGCAGAAACUAGAAGCUUGUGACAACCAAACU